GGGCCGCGGCCAGAUCGUGGCGGCGGCGUGCGCAGCGGAUACGGUGCUGCUGGCGACGUCCCGGGGAUAUCUGCUGCGAUACCAUUGGGACGAGCACGGCAACGAGCGGGGUGAGCGCUGGGCAGCGUCCAGACAGCUUCCCGGCGGCUUACCUGCGGGUUCUGGGCGGCUUCCGGGCGGGUUCCUAGCGGCUUGA